UAACACCUGUCUCUAAUUACAGUAGAGCGAGGAGAGCGGAUAAAAAGCCAGCAGCCACAGAGCAGAGGGAGACGGACGUACAGCAACUCAGCGUUCCUGUGCUUACGUGUGUGUGUGUGUGUGUGUAUGGUUGCACAUUAUAAAGAACCAUUAAAAGACUUACCUUGUGCCAGAUCCCCAGUUUCCCUGUCCUCCUUGAGAAGGUCGUUACACUGGUGCCGAAACCCGGGAAAAAUUGAUGAUGGAACAGAGUCGCCCCAUAGAGUCCUCCCAGCUGACGGAAGUCCUCCAGUCCCUCGCUACACUCCAUCAGAGCCACCAACAAUCCCUGCUUGAGCUCCGGCAAGACCAGGAUCGUCGGUUCUUCGAGAUCAUGCGGGCUCAAGCAGAGGACCGGCACGCCAUCCGGAGCCUCCUCAGCCAGGAGGCCGCUCCAGCCGCAGCCGCGACCCCGGACACCCGCGCCACAUUGCCCCCACCCGCGUUACAGAAGAUGGGGCCGGCAGAUGACCCAGAAGCAUUCAUCGACCUGUUCGAACGAACGGCGGAGGUUUGGGGGUGGCCCCAAGACCAGUGGGCAGCCCGGCUAGUCCCUCUCUUGUCCGGGGAAGCACAGCUCGCGGCGCAACAACUGCCGGCAACAAGCCUCCUGGUUUAUCCCGAUCUGAGGAAGGCCAUCUUGCAACGGGUUGGUCGAAGCCCGGAAGAAAGUCGCCAGCUCUUCCGGGCCUUGAAGCUUGAUAAGUCCGACCGCCCGUUUGCAUUCGCCCAGCAGCUCCGUGAUGCUUGUCGGAGGUGGCUGCUCUCGAGGGACCGCGGCGUCGAGGAACUAAUCGACCAGGUGGUACUGGAGCAGUUUGUUCAGCGUUUGCCCCAGAAGACGGCCGAGUGGGUCCAGUGCCACCGCCCGGCAUCGCUGGAGGAAGCCGUCCGACUCGCGGAGGACCACAUGGCGGCGAUUCCGAGGGCGGAUGAGCCCUCUCUGUCUGUCUCCCCUUUCCCUGUGUCUUCCCCUGUUUUUUUUCCCUCCCCUCUUCCCUCUCGCUCUGCUCUCUCCCCAGGGUCCGUUCCUGCCCCCCGCAGGCGUGGAGCGUUCGCGCGCCCAGCUCCCCGGUCUUGGGAACGCCCACCAAGCCCUUCUCCAUCCUUCAGCCGCUCUCCUCCUCAGGUGGGGGCGCCCGCCAGCACGGGUGCGGCCGCAGCGUCUGGGCCGGUCUGCUGGAGGUGCGGAGACCCGGACCACUUCCGGGAUCAGUGCCCGCUGAUGGAAAUAGGGGCGGUGGUACGGGUCUCCGAUGCUCCACAGGCUGCCCCCGAUCGGGCUGGAGCGUACCGGAUUCCGUAGAGCGAGGAGAGCGGAUAAAAAGCCAGCAGCCACAGAGCAGAGGGAGACGGACGUACAGCAACUCAGCGUUCCUGUGCUUACGUGUGUGUGUGUGUGUGUGUAUGGUUGCACAUUAUAAAGAACCAUUAAAAGACUUACCUUGUGCCAGAUCCCCAGUUUCCCUGUCCUCCUUGAGAAGGUCG